AUCAGGAGGGAGGAAAUGAAAAGGUGCUGUUCCACGCAGAGCUCUGCUGUACCUGCUCUGACACGUUCUGUUCGGGGAUUUUGGUCCACAUGAUUAUGACAUCAAUGUGACAUCAGCACACAGCUGCUGCAGAUUUUCCGUCUGCAUCCGUGAUGAGAAUCUCCCGUCCCUGCUCUGAGUGCAUCGAACGGAUCGUUCAGGAAGCCUGUGUGAGGAGAUCUGAGCGCUGAGACGGUCACACCUGCAGCAGCUGAACGCAGAUGCAAAUCGACGCUCAUCAGACCAGGACGUGUUUUUCCACCUUCUGUGGUCCAGCUUUAGUGUUUAAGAAAGCCAGCCCCAAUGGAAAGCUCACCGUCUACCUGGGGAAGAGAGACUUCGUGGACCACGUGGAUCGGGUGGAGCCCGUCGACGGCGUCGUUCUGAUCGACCCGGAGUACCUGAAGGAGAGGAAAGUGUUCGUGACUCUGACGUGUGCGUUCCGUUAUGGUCGCGAGGAUUUGGACGUCCUUGGGUUGACGUUCCGGAAGGACCUGUUUGUGACAAACAUCCAGGCGUUUCCUCCGAUGACCGAAGAGAAGAAGACUCUGACUCGUCUUCAGGAACGUCUGAUUAAAAAACUGGGAGAACACGCCUACCCGUUCACCUUCGAGAUUCCUCUGAACCUGCCGUGCUCCGUCACCCUGCAGCCAGGACCGGAGGACACCGGGAAGGCCUGCGGAGUCGACUUUGAGGUGAAAGCUUUCUGUGCCGAAAACGUUGAAGAAAAGAUCCACAAAAGGAACUCUGUGCGUCUGGUGAUCAGGAAGGUUCAGUACGCUCCAGAGAAACCCGGCCCUCAGCCGACGGCAGAAACCACCAGACAGUUCCUGAUGUCGGACAAACCGCUGCACCUGGAGGCCUCGCUGGACAAGGAGAUCUAUUACCAUGGCGAGCCAAUCAGCGUCAACGUUCAUGUCACCAACAACACCAACAAGACUGUGAAGAAGAUGAAGAUCUCAGUGCGACAGUACGCCGACAUCUGCCUGUUCAACACGGCUCAGUACAAAUGUCCGGUGGCCACCGAGGAGUCAGAUGACGUUGUGGCUCCCAGUUCGACUUUCUGCAAAGUUUUCACCCUCACUCCGUUUCUGGCCAACAAUCGCGAGAAACGAGGUCUCGCUCUGGACGGAAAACUGAAGCACGAGGACACCAACCUGGCCUCCAGCACGCUGUUAAGAGAUGGAGCCAAUAAGGAGAUUCUCGGCAUCAUCGUGUCCUACAAAGUCAAAGUGAAGCUGGUUGUGUCUCGUGGCGGGCUCCUUGGAGAUCUGGCAGCGAGUGACGUCUCGGUCGAGCUGCCCUUCACGUUAAUGCACCCAAAGCCUUUAGAGGAGUCGUUCUACAGGGAAGCUGCAGACGAGGCUCCGGUCGACACGAACCUCAUCGAGUUUGACACAAACGACGAUGACAUCAUCUUUGAAGACUUCGCCCGCCAGCGGCUGAUCGGCGCAAAAGACGACAAGGACGAAGACGAGGAGCCAGUGGACUCGCCCAAAUUGGAGGACAGAUAGAGGGGAGGAGCCGCUGCGGCUGUUGUUUCGCUGCUGUAUGUAGUGUGGAGCUAAUGGAGGUCACCUUUAGGUCAAACCACAGUCUGGACACCCUUUAAACACUCGGUGGUGCCGUGUUUGUGUGCUCGUUCAUGUCUGUCCUCUCUGAGUCCCGCUGAGGUGUUUAAAAAAACCAAACAAAAAAAAAAAACUAGAAUACUGCAGCCUAGACAUCGGAGCAGCUCUUUGCUCCGACGGAGUCGUCUGGAACGCCGACCCAGCAGCUCCUAACGACAGCUGGUAGCAUGCCUGUAAUAUCUCUUUGUUCUAAGUGUUUCCAUUAGGGACCAAACAGAUGUAAAGUUGUGUUGAGAUUAGUUUAAAGUUCUGUCUUUAGAAACAACACUGCCAACCUCGGUUGAUCUUGAAACGUCCGCCACUGGAGCCAAACUUCAGCCGACGGAGGAUUUUGCUGAGUAACCAUCUGUAGUCGGUGUCUCUGAAGCUGCAGAGCAGAUGGGAAACGGCACCGAAGUGAUCUGCUGGGCCUCCCCGCCCGCCAAGAGGACCUCAAACUGUCAGAGUGAGCCACUGACCAUUUAACAGAAACCGGUGGCCCAGUUUGCAUGAUUUAUUAAUGUCAUGAAUAAUCAACUUAUUUUAAAUAGCAUACAGUUUCAUGUUUUCAUGCUGAUAAUUUGCCAAGUCAUCAUCAGAACGAUUUUCUUCCUUUCAGGCAGUCGCUGGUCGUCCAUUGGCUUCGUUUCUAUUAAAAUCAGCACGGCUUCAUGUUGCCUUAAAGUAAACACUGCGCUUUAAUAUGAUACACAUGUCAGACAAAUAAAAUUGGCAUGCUUUAAGUGUUUGUUACUUUUACCUCUGUUGAACUGAAACUGGCAGAAAUUUAAAGAGCAACCGUUCGAUCUGUGGCCUGAUCGUCGUGAAUGCUUUUAUGACUGUAGAGAUAUAUAUUUUGUUUCCUCAAACAAAAUUCUGAUAAUUAUGAAUCACGUUAGUGUGACAGGCUAAUUCUGAAGCUCAUAAAAUGUUCAAUUUCUACUGAAAUAUCUGAAACGUUUCAUCACCCGGUAAAUCUUCACUUACCUUAAAUUUAAUAAAGUUUAAAGCUGAAAAUGAACUGAAACUCAGAGACCGAAAGCAACAUGGAAAAUAUUAUUUUAUUCACUGAAUAAAAUCUGAUACAACAGGGUUGGGGUCAGAGGUCAGCACACAGGCCUCCUAGCAACCACUGACUGCUGGUGACUGGGUGGUGAGUGGUUGUGGCUGUUGCUAGGUGAAAUAUGGUGCUGCAACAAAAGCCUCCUCGUGGUUGUUCUGGCCUGUCGCAGAUUGCCUCAGUUGCCUGAAGUUUGCAUGGAAGAUGCAACUUUUACUUUGAGGGCGACCGCCCUGUCUUUCUGGUCUGCAGAUGAGUCAACAUCGUAUAUGCAAACUACAGGUGAUGGAGGCAGUCACAGAGAGGUUUGUGGCGUAGCGCCCUUCUUUUACAUCAACCACUCACAGUUGGCUGGUGAACAAUGACCAGAGGUUGCCAGGGCGUCGUUGUCCGGUCUCUCGGCCUAUUGGACUGGCUCCUUAGACUGGCCGGCUGAUUUUACAGAAACAAAGUAAAACUAGUGGCUGCGCUGAAGAAAGAGAAUCCACAUGGAAAUUCAUCAAUGAUUUGUAAAAGAAUCGGCAGGGAUGUGAAGUUUGAAUAACCACGGGUGUCAUCCAUAUGUCGUAUCAGGUGAUGUGAGCAGGUAAAGAAAUUCUGUAAACCUUUAUUUUGAAAAGUCUGAUGACUCAAAGUAAAACAGUCUCAAACAUCCUGUGUGAGGGGGAAGAUGUGUCACUGCUUUCUUGAAAGUCUGACUGAAACCAGUUUUUUCAUUGUAACAUACAGUUUAAGAAAAAAACAGAAAACAUCAGCUGUGUCUGAUUGUUCAUUUUGGCGGGGCGCGAGGGAAGCUUGUAUAUUUCACUGGAUCUUUAAUAAAAGGACGUUUAUGUCCC